ACCGUGCAAGUCUGGCUGCUUCGGUUUGCUCGGGCGGAUCGGAGAAAGGCAGCGUCGUCGUCGUCUCGUUGCUUCGCUUCCUCCCGAAUCCUCGUCUCGAUUUCGCUCGCGGUCUCUGGCGGAGGGAUCGGGGGGCGGCGCGACGAUGAGCGUGAUCGACAUCCUCACGCGGGUGGACUCCAUCUGCAAGAAGUACGACAAGUACGACGUCGACAGGCUCAACGGCGCCAACGUCGCCGGCGAGGACCCAUUCGCCCGCCUCUACGGCUCCGUCGACGCCGAGAUCAGCGAAUGCGUCGAGAAAGCGGAGGCGGCGAAGCAGGAGAAGAACCGCGCCACGGUGGUCGCGCUCAACGCGGAGAUCCGGCGAACCAAGGCGAAGCUCCUCGAGGAGGACCUGCCCAAGCUGCAGCGCCUCGCGCUGAAGAAGGUCAAAGGGCUCACAAAAGAGGAGCUUGCAACCCGUAGUGAUCUGGUUGCCGCCUUACCUGAUAGAAUACAAUCAAUACCUGAUGGUAGUUCUAGUGCAAAGAAAAAUGGGACUUGGGGUGCCUCAGGAUCCCGUACUGGUGGAGCCAUUAAGUUUGACACUUCUGAUGGCAACUUUGAUGAUGAGUACUUUAAGGGGACAGACGAAUCAAAUCAGUUCCGCCGGGAAUAUGAGAUGCGCAAAAUAAAACAGGAUGAAGGUUUGGAUGUUAUCAGUGAAGGGCUGGGAACUCUGAAAGCCAUGGCUGCUGAUAUGAAUGAGGAAUUGGAUAGGCAAGUUCCAUUGAUGGAUGAAAUGGACGAGAAGGUGGAUAGAGCCAACACAGAUUUGAAGAAUACCAACGUGAGACUAAAAGAGACUGUUCUUCAGCUGAGAUCCAGUCGUAACUUUUGCAUCGAUAUCAUCCUGCUCUGUGUUAUACUUGGUAUUGCUGCCUAUCUUUACAAUGUGCUAAAAAAGUGAGACCAGACGUUGCCAUAGAACCAAACUCAUGUUGUGGUUGUUUCCUUGCGAUUGAUCCAUGUAUCACUAUCAUGCAUUCAUGCCUUCCGGUGAUGGAUGGAUGAGUUUCGACGUAUCCACGAGCUGCCCUCUUUGUUUUUAUCUAUGUGUAAUAGUAUGGCCUUCUGGAACUUCGAUCAGUCUUGUCGAAAUAGUGAGCAUUGUAUGCGCGAAACCCAGACGUCUUCGGUAUAUCUGCGAGUUUAAUUCUUAACAAGAGCGUAUCAACACUCAUGAACUAUGUAAACCUUCUCAUGUAUAUUCAUUCCGUCAGUUCUUUGGUUUGUAUAUUCAUUCCGUCAGUUCUUUCACCCCCUCUUUUCGUUCUCGU